AUGGGGCCCACAUUGGUUCUGCUCUUCACAUUCGUAUCCACAGCUGCUGCUGUCACCAAUAACAGCAUUGAUGGGUCUCAACAUCACAGGCUGGUCAUUGGUUUCCAGGCUCCCUGGAAUAUGUCCUAUCCUUUCAGCGCCCUGCGGCUCGGCUCGGCCAUACAGAUAGCCGUAGAGAAGGUGAACACCAACCCCUCCUUCCUGGGGAACUACAGUCUGGAUUUUGUGUACACGGACUCAGACUGUGAUCCCAAAGCUUCCCUGGGAGGGUUCAUUCACCAGGUGUGGAAAGAAAACGUGUCGGCACUAAUCGGCCCGGCUUGUCCCGAGGAAGCAGAGGUCACUGGUCUCAUUGCAUCCACAUGGAACAUCCCCAUGUUCGGCUUUGUGGGACAGUCCUCCAAAAUGGACGACAGUGAAAUCUACGAUUCCUACAUCAAAAUCGUUCCUCCUCUGAAAAGAAGCUGUGAAGUCCUGAUCAAGACCUUGGAGUUCUUCGGCUGGAGUCACAUAGCAAUGAUUGGAGGGGGGUUGGAUUCAAACACUUGGGACAAAAUUGACGCUUUGUGGAAAACAAUUGAGACUCCACUGAGAGAAAGAUUCCAUUUGGCAGCCGCAAUCAAGUUUGAUGCGAGCAAUUCUGAGCUUUUGUAUGAAAAUAUUAGGCACAUCUCAACCGUUGCAAGAGUCAUUGUGGUGCUAAUGAACAGGGAGGACUCCACAGCUCUGUUGAUGGAGGCUGAGCGACAGGGUCUGAUGAACGGCAACUAUAUUUUCUUCUUGGUGCAACAUUUUGAGGACAACUUGUGGAAAUAUUCCCUGAAUGACCGGAUUAACCAAGCUGCUAUCAGAGCUUUCGACAUGGUCUUCAUCAUCGGCCAGAAAUCCUACGAAGGAUACGAGUAUUACGACUUCUACGAGCGGGUUUUUGAGAAACUAAAGGAACACCCGUUUCAGAGCAACCUGACAUCAGACAGAGAGGUUAGCCCUUACGCGGCCUACGUGCAUGAUGCCGUGCUCCUGUACGCGAUGGGACUGAAGGAAGUCCUGAAAGAUGGCAAAGACCCGCACGAUGGACGGCAGCUGCUUCAGAGAUUAAAAAACAAAAAUGGCAUUCGAUUCUACGGCGCCUCUGGACUGGUCCAUUUUGACGAGGAGGGCGAGAGGAAUUUGGACUAUUCCAUUUACGACCUGCAGCACUUGGGAGAUGCCACCAAGUUUGUGCCCAUCCUCCAUUUCGACAGUCAAACUAAAACCAUUCGACCAACGUCCAUGUUUCCUUCUGUCAUCUGGCCAAACGGGAGACCUCCAUCUGAUAAACCAGAAUGUGGUUUCAACAAUGAACUCUGUGAAUGGCUGACUAAUGAUAUCACCUUGCUGGCUCUUCUUGUGAUGUUCCCGGUCAUUGGCGUGAUAGCAGUUAUGUGCAUCGGCAUUCUCAUUCUGCAGAAGUUUCGCCUGCAGACCAGGCUGGAUGACUCUUACUGGUGGCAAAUCAACUACAGUGACAUCACCAUCAUGAGGGAGCGCACAGGACCUCAGGGUGUAUCUCUAGCUACCACAGCCAGUCAAAGUAUAAGCAGCGGCUCCCAGUCCACUUUCUCCUACAGCAGCUUUGGCGUGACGGACAAGGCAGGAAAAGAACACGUCUACUCCACCAUCGGUCUCUACCAAGGAAAUCAAGUGUCCGUCAAGUACAUAAAGAAACCCAUUUGCACUAAUGUCCAGAAACCUUCAAUCGUCAAAGAGUUUGAUACGAUGAAAGAGAUGAAACAUGAGAACUUGGUGCAGUUUUUUGGUGUUUGCAUCGAACCACCAAAUGUCUGUAUAAUCACCCAGUACUGCAGGAAGGGCAGCCUGAAGGAUCUAAUGAAGGCUUCUGAUGUUGACCUAGAUGGGAUGUUUAAGCUCUCCUUUGCUUAUGACAUUGUCAAUGGAAUGGAGUUUAUUCACAAGAGUAACCUGAAAUUUCACGGCAACCUAAAGCCCAGUACGUGUUUGGUGGACAGCCGACUCCAGAUAAAGCUCUCUGGCUUUGGACUGUGGGAGUUUAAAUACGGAAACAAACACAAGAUCAUCUCAUUGGACAACCCCAAUUAUGAUGAGAUGUACUGGACCGCCCCUGAACUUCUAAGACAAGUCGGUCUCCCGAUUAAUGGAACGCCCAAAGGUGAUGUCUUCAGCUUUGCCAUCAUCAUGUGGGAGCUCAUGGCCAACAAGGCAUUCCCAUAUCAAGACAUCAACCUGGAGCCCAAAGACAUUAUCAUGCAGUUGCGGACACCUUUCCAAGGAGAACCCCUCCGACCACCUCUGUCUGAGGAGCUGUGUGACGAGAACAUCAACACACUGCUGAGGGCCUGCUGGAAUGAAAACCCGGACCACAGACCACCGUUUGGGUCUAUACGGAGACAGCUGAGAGACAUCAGUCCUGACAGUCAUGCAAAUAUACUGGAUAAUAUGGUGGAUAAGUUGGAGAAAUAUGCAAAUCACUUGGAGGAGGUGGUGGAGGAGAGGACCAAUCAGCUCACAGCAGAGAAGGCCCGUGCAGACAAGCUUCUGUCCAGCAUGUUACCAAGGUACAUUGCAGAUCAGCUGAUGUCAGGGAAAUCGGUGGAGCCGCAAAGCUACGAAAUGGUGACCAUAUUUUUCUCUGACAUUGUGGGCUUCACCUCCAUGUGCUCCGUCAGCUCUGCGAUGGAGGUGGUGACCUUCCUCAAUGACCUCUACAGUCUGUUUGAUGACAUCAUCAAGAUGUACGACGUCUACAAAGUGGAAACAAUUGGUGAUGCAUACAUGGUAGCCAGCGGUCUACCCAUCAGCAACGGCAAUCAACACGCUUUGGAGAUAUGCACGAUGGCUCUGCAUUUCUUGAGUGCCAUCAAGGUCUUCAGAAUCCACCACAUGCCUACAGAGAAUCUUGCAAUUCGCAUUGGGAUACACUCAGGUCCUGUGGUUGCUGGAGUGGUAGGCACCACUAUGCCUCGCUACUGUCUCUUUGGUGACACAGUGAACACAGCUUCACGAAUGGAGAGUAACAGCCAGCCCCUGAAAAUUCACAUAUCCCAGAGCACGGCUGACAUUCUGGUGCAGGAAGGAUCAUUUGAGCUGGAGGAAAGAGGGGAAAUCGAAAUGAAGGGUAAAGGAAGUCGCAAGACCUACUGGCUGUAUAACAAACAGGGAUUUAAUCCUCCUGUGAUCGCUCACAGCUCUCCAGCUGCUGAUAUUCUCAAACCAAUAACAGAGAAACUAGGAACAACCAAAGCUGCCGAAAAAAAGGCCCAGAAAACCACGACCAGAGCUCACAUGACAGGAGGCAUGAUGACUACAGUGCACAUUUGAAGAAGAACAAUAGGAUGUUCAGGACAUAUCCUGAAAAAAUAAUAGUGUCUGGGAGUGACAGCAACACAGGUCUCACUGUAUGCACGCAGACUUUAUUUCCUCCAGCUGUGGAGAUUGAAGUUUGGUAAGAGCCUGAGUGAAAAUGUUGAUAACUUCGAGAGCAGCUAGCAGAGAAGAACCAGGAUAAAAGAUGGAGGUGAAUGAACAACAGAUGGAUACUCUAACACAACAGCAUGAUUAUUCCAUUCAAAGUGUUCUUAGUAGCACAUAUCGUGUGCUUCAUCAGGACAUACAGUUUCAUGCCUUUUUUUAAACACAGAGUUGCAGAGGUUAAUUUUGAACAUGACGUUUAAAUUUUUUUAUUUAUUGUUAGUUUGACUAAGAUUGGACGGAUUUUACACCAAGUCCAAUUUCUCAAAGGCGGUGCAGGGUUGAUUUUCUCGUACAAUUAUAUGCCCCAAUGGGACCGAGGCCUUUUAUCCAUGCUAAGCUUUGACCAGGAAGUCAACAAGCAUAAAUGUGUAGAAGGAAGCUGGGCAGUAAUAAGUAAUUGUACCAUACGAACCAAAGAUAAUGAGUUGUAAAGUUGUCCCCGUUUUCACCGUACAACAUACAGCCAGUUUGCCUCUCUUUAACUUGUGUUGUUGAUUGUUUUGGUAUGUGAUGUAAUAGGUCAACCAGGUGAACAUCUGAUAGAAACUAGGUGAACGGGGAGUUAGCGCCACCUACUGUAGCGGAGGUGGAAACACAUUGGUCAAAAAAUCGAGUAGCUUUUAUUUAAAAUGUGGAAAAGAAUAUAUCAUAAAGAAUAUAAAUCAUUAUUAUAUACUUGGCACCACCACAGGCCAGCUAGCCUGGUGAAAUCACAAAUAGAUGUGAGUGAGACAAUUUUAUCUUUAACAGAAAAAAUAUGUAUACAAGUGCUGAAAAGACUUGGUAUGUCAAGCACUCAGUAAACCAUAGAUAUGUAUGAUAUUCUAAUUUUAUAUUCAAAGAUUCUUGUGCAUUUUAUACCAAAAGAAGGGAAGAGAAUGACUGAUCCUACACUAUCUAUCUAUCUAUCUAUCUAUCUAUCUAUCUCAGAAUAAGUGAGAGCAGACUCAGGAUGUAUGACAGAGAGAAUCAAACAGUACUGUAUGCUAACAACAUAUUUGUAUAUUAAAUACAAACAUAAAAAGCGUUCAGUUUACGUCCACACUUUAUUUUAGGACCAGAAAAGGUUAGUUUGAUUUAUGUAAUAUGUGUAGUCAUGUUCAUUUAAGUAUGUUUUUAAUUUCUGUAUAGAAUAAAAUUAUUUAUUUAUGAACAAACAUGGUGAGGAUUUUUGGAUCAUUUUGAAGAAGAAAAGUGGGAAGAAUCGUAUUUUGGAAAUAAUAUUUAUUGGAAAGAAGAACUGAAUUCAGUUUGUCACAAUAAAAGCAUGAAUCAAAGCGUUGAUAAAUGUGUUAAUGACAUCUCAU